AACAUGGCGACGUCCCUGAUCUGCGGCCGCUUGACGUCCAGCCUGAGGAGCUCCGGGGCCCGGGGCGGCCUCAGCUCCGCGUCCAGGGUCCUCGGUGGCUCCUCAGGUCUGUUCGGAGGACACGUGUCCCAGCAGCACCCCCCCCACCUGCAGCAGCAGCAGAGGAACCUAUCCCUCCACGAGUACAUGAGCAUCGGGCUGCUGAAGGAGGCCGGCAUCUCCGUGCCCGAGGGCAUGGUGGCCAGCUCCUCGGAGGAGGCCUACGCCGUCGCCAAGCAGCUGGGUUCGAAGGACCUGGUGGUGAAAGCUCAGGUUCUGGCCGGGGGCCGAGGGAAGGGGACGUUCGAGGGCGGACUGAAGGGAGGAGUGAAGAUCGUCUACUCUCCCGAGGAGGCCCGUGAUAUUUCCUCUCAGAUGAUUGGCCGAAAGCUGUACACCAAGCAGACCGGGGAGGCGGGUCGGAUCUGCAACCAGGUGUUCAUCUGCGAGCGCAGGUAUCCACGCAGAGAGUACUACUUCGCCAUCACCAUGGAGAGGUCGUUCCAGGGCCCGGUCCUGAUUGGCAGCUCGCAGGGAGGCGUGAACAUCGAAGACGUCGCAGCAGAGAAUCCAGACGCCAUCGUGAAGGAGCCCAUCGACAUCGUGGAAGGAAUCAAGAUGGAGCAGGCUGUGAAGGUGGCUGAGAAGAUGGGCUUCCCCCCGGCGCUGGUGGACAUGGCGGCGGUGGACAUGAUGAAACUCUACAACGUGUUCAUGAAGUACGACGCCUCCAUGUUGGAGAUCAACCCCAUGGUGGAGGACUCUUCUGGCAUCGUGAUGUGCAUGGACGCCAAAAUCAACUUCGACUCCAACGCUGAGUUCCGUCAGAAGAAGGUGUUCGCCAUGCAGGACUGGAGCCAGGAGGACCCCCGGGACCGGCAGGCCGCCAAGGCCGACCUGAACUACAUCGGCCUGGACGGGACCAUCGGCUGCCUGGUGAACGGAGCCGGUCUGGCCAUGGCCACCAUGGACAUCAUCAAGCUGCAUGGCGGAACUCCAGCCAACUUCCUGGAUGUGGGAGGCGGAGCCACAGCUCAUCAGGUGACCGAGGCGUUCAAACUCAUCACGUCUGACCGGAAGGUCCAGGCCAUCAUGGUCAACAUCUUCGGAGGCAUCAUGAGGUGUGAUGUCAUCGCUCAGGGCAUCAUCAUGGCUGUGAACGACCUGGAGCUGAAGAUCCCCAUCGUGGUCCGGUUACAAGGAACGAGAGUGGACGAUGCUAAAGCUCUGAUCGCUGCCAGUCCACUGAAGAUCCUCGCCUGCGACGACCUGGACGAGGCGGCCAGAAUGGUUGUGAAGCUUUCUGCAAUCGUGUCCCUGGCUAAAGAAGCUCAGGUGGACAUCACCUUCCAGCUGCCCAUCUAAUAAACCAGGACGCCCCCCCCCCACUUACUUCCCUCUG